GUGUGCUCUGCCGGGCGGUGGCGGCUCUGAGCCGGGUUCUGCUUCUGUGUCCGCACCAGCCCGAAGCCCCCGGGGGCAGAGGGUCGUCCGGGGCGCGGCAAAAGGAUGGUCAUCCGCGUGUUCAUCGCCUCCUCCUCCGGCUUCGUAGCGAUAAAGAAGAAGCAGCAGGAUGUGGUUAGGUUUCUGGAAGCCAACAAGAUAGAGUUUGAGGAGGUGGACAUCACAAUGUCAGAAGAACAGAGGCAAUGGAUGUACAAAAAUAUCCCCCCAGAAAAGAAACCUGCUCAGGGCAACCCUCUGCCCCCUCAGAUAUUUAAUGGUGACCGAUACUGUGGCGAUUAUGACACUUUUUUUGAAUCAAAGGAAAGCAACACAGUCUUCUCAUUCUUAGGCCUGAAACCUCGGUUGGCAUCUACGGCAGAACCUUAGGGAGGAAAAUAGAAGAUGAGGAAGAUGCAUUGUGAAGCGCCUCCUGGUACACAGCACAUACCUGCUUGCGUAAUGCAUCACUGAUAAGAGCCACAUGUAUCAUGCGGAACUUUGCUUGCCACUGAAAAGGUGUUUUUGGAAGACAUGGGUGUAACGGGGAUUGCACGAUUGCUUUAAACCAAAUCAGGACUGUGGUGGGUUUUUUUUUCUUAUUUUCCGAUUUGCCUGCAGUUGCCUCAGUCACCUGGAGGCACUGUCCCCUGUUAUGGAUGUGCUUCCUUAAUGACUGAGAAGAGAAAUGGGUGGUACCAUCAGAGAGAAAAUGCUGGAUCUGCCCUGGGUAAUAAACAGUAGAUGCCAGUGUUGAUCAAACCCAUUUGUCCAAACUGCCUGGGUUGCAUCCUUAUCCUUGAAAUAGUCUGUCAGGCUAUUAGAAUCUUCUGGUCAGAACAACAACAGAAAAGCAAUAUUGGUUGAUAAAGGGCAUCGAAGAUUUUUACUGUAGAAUCACAAACGUCACUGUUCGAGUGCUUUGUAAUAACAUCUAUGGGAAAAGUUAGAUGCUUUAGCUUUCUUUUUAUAACGGAAACUCUUACCCCUAUAAAUCUUCCAAGCUCCUGUAGAUGUUUCCAGAAAUCUCUGUUGCAACAACGUGUGAGCAGAACCAAGUUACAGGGAUGAAAAUAAUUGCUAUUUUGGAAAAUGUAUGCUUCCUUAUCCCUUUGCAAGGAAAAAGUUUCACCUAAAUGCAUAAGACUGCUUGGAAGAUAUAUUUUAAGAGGUGCACUAAUUACGUAGUAAAUUUAUACAAAAAUUGCCUGACUAGCAUCCGUAGGCUUUUUAGCUCUAGCAAAAUUAUAUGUAAGUGCACGUAUAUUUUUACAUGCAGCUCCCCUAACAGCAGCUGCUAAUUCUAUUUUGUAAAGGGAUUAUAUUUUUUUUGAGAAAGGACGACCUCAGUUAUAUAUAUUUUGUGAACACUUGUUGGGGCAUAUUAAAAGAUACCAAUAUUGCUAUACAAUUUAAAUUUUUUCCUGUGUGACUUUUCCUCAUUCUUCUAACUUUGCUUUCAUCAUAUUUCUGGCCCAAGCAUAGUCUCAGCUUUGUCCAGAGUAUUGUAGGCAAAUGCUGUCAUUCCAGAUAUGAACACUUGAGUUUUCAGAGCAGCAUAUUCAGGAAAGGGCCAGUGGGCUGUCUAGAGAGUAACUGAAUUGUAUUUGGCAUGCAAAAUCUCUACUGCCACUGGAGUGGAUGCUGAUCAAAACAGAAUAUGUUGACUUCAUUAGGGCAGAGGCUAUUUUUCUGCAUUUUUGUCCCCACACCAGGGAAGCUUGCAUAUUUUAGACUAUUUAAUUGCCAAAUGUGAGAACAGCCUUGGCUAGGAUAAGCUCUCAAAGGGCUGCCUAAAAUAUUCUGCUAUUCCCAGCACCCUGGUGCUGGACCCGAUGCUAAGAUUUUGAGCAGGAAGUUAAUAAGAAAUUGAAAGAGCAGAAGAAUUAAAGCCCUGUCUCCUCCCCUGUGACUUGCUAAAUGUGGACUAUUCUAAAGAACUUGUUGAAUGAUGAAGCUGAAAUCCCAACCUGGGAUUUGUAGCCCAAGACCACAGCCAGAAGAAAACCACAACACAGAUUUCUACUCAGCUGGACCAGGCACGUGCUCCGUGAUCCAGGAUUUUCUCUCCAAGGAAAGCUCUUGUCAAAUAUGGGUAUUACUGGUGAAUUGGCAUUAAAUAAGACCCAGGUCAAAUCCCAUCUGAUAAAUCCCAGGGACUAAUCAGGAAUGACUGUGUUUUUGAACUAGAUGUUGUAUUUAGUAUGUGGGUUCUCUGAUAAG